AUGGACCAACGCCAAGCGCAAGUCGACAUCGACAGACUCUCCGACCGCGACAAGCGCGACCUGCAGCAAUCCAUCAACAACGAGAUGCAAAAAGCCAAGAUCCAAGAAUCCGUGCACGAACUCACCGACAUCUGCUGGACGAAGUGCGUCACGGGGGCCAUCUCGUCGAGCGGGCUGGACCGGAAGGAGGAGCCCUGCGUGCGGAAUUGCGUGGAGAGGUUCUUGGACGCGAAUGAGGCUGUGCUGAAGCAUUUGAGCGUUAUGCGAGGGCAGGGGGGGUGUGAGGAGGGUUGUUGGGGAGGAAAUGGAGGAGGAGGAGGGGGGGUUGACGGUGGGCAGUUGGUUGGACCUCUGUGGAUUUCUACGAGUUGGGGAUCGGUGAUCGGGGCGGGAUUAUACGGAAGGAUGAGUGGGGAUAGUGGUGGUAUGGAUGGAUUUUUUGUACGAUGGGCGUUGCAAUAUUCGAUCUGUACGGGGCGUUGGGGAGCAUAG